GUCAGUUAGCGGUAGGAUCUCGUCCAGUGCACAUCUCUGCCUCCCAAGGAUGAUUUGCAAGGUGUGUCUGCUCGGCGCAGCGGUGCUGGCUGCGUGCAGCGCUGCCCCGCAGCUCGGCGCCCAGAAGCCCAUCGCCAUCGUCAGGCUGGACAGCGACAUCAGCCCGGACGGCACCUUCUCCUACACCUACGAGACGGAGAACAGGAUCUCGGCAAGCGCCCAGGGCCGGCCGGGCAACGGACCCCCCGGCGAGGAGGGCCAGGCCGUGCAGGGCCAGUUCUCCUUCGUGGCCGACGACGGCCAGACCUACUCCGUGCAGUACACCGCCGACGAGAACGGCUUCCUGCCCCAGGGCGCCCACCUGCCUACGCCGCCACCCCUCCCGGAGGCCAUCGUCAGGUCGCUGCAGCAGCAGGGCCUCAACCCGGCCGACUACGGUGGAGCCGCGGGCGGUGCCGCGCCCAGGGCGCCGGCGUUCGGAGCUCCACCACGGCGCUUCGGCUGAGCAUUGUACACACGACCACCUGCACAAAUUGUAAAUAAUAAAAAAAGUAAAACAGA